AUGUCAGAAGCUUGCACAAGGAGAGAAGGGACAUUGUGGCAGGUUCUGUCAGAAAAAAUGAUGAGAAGAUUGCAGCUUUGGUAAAGAACUUUGAUGGGCAUCUAUGUCUCGAGCUGUUUCGUCCAAUCCAGCCAGGGGGUCCUUCUGCUCAGAGUGAAGCAGGGGAAGGGUCUGUAAUUGCUACCGCAUUGACAGUCAGAGAAAGAAAUGCAAAACUUCUUACUAAAAAUGGUUCUGUUUACGUCAUGGAAAAGCUUUUGCUUUUGCAUACGUUUUUGUUCUACUGGCAUUUCCUAAAUGCUUUAUUCACAGUGGAAACUCCCCAGUCACUCUACACUGUGGAACAUGGGAACAAUGUGACCAUGGAAUGCACAUUUCCAGUGACCGGAAAAUUAAAAUUUGGAGAUUUAAGUGUCAGCUGGGAAAAAAAAGAUAAGUUUAAAAAGCAGGUUUAUGUGCUCCUCAGAGGAGAGGAAGACUUCAAAAGUCAGCACAGUGACUUUAAGGGAAGAAUAAAACUGUUGAAAGAGAAUCUGAAAUGGGGACAGUCUCUCCUUCAGAUCACUGAUGUGAAGCUCAGAGACGCGGGGUUUUACCGCUGUGUUGUUGACUAUGGUGAAGCUGACUACAAAACUGUCAAUCUGAAAGUUAAUGCUCCUUAUAGAACUAUAACCCAAGGAGUGGUGAGCACAGGAGACAAUGAAUGGAAGCUGACAUGUCAGUCAGAAGGAUACCCACAAGCUGAAGUGAUAUGGCAAAACAGAGAACAUGAAGAUUUGACUGAUAAGGCAAACACAAGUUAUGAAACUGGAACUGACCAGCUGUAUCAUGUGACAAGUACCCUUACAAUCAGAAGUAAGAGUGAUGAGAUUUUUUACUGUAUAUUCUGCAAUAAAGAGCUGCAAGAAAAUACAUCUGCCAUUUUACACAUAGCAG